UUGCGCCUCAUGUCGAAUUGGGGAUUGCCCAAAAAUGUCCUUGCCGAGUACCAUAAGAAGGGAGUAACGGAAAUGUUUGAUUGGCAAUGCGAGUGUUUGAGUAAUACGAAGGUCCUUUUUGACGGUUCAAACCUCGUCUACAGCGCUCCAACCUCCGCCGGCAAGACUUUAGUGAGCGAAAUUUUGAUGACAAAAAUCGUUUUGGAGAAAAAGAAGAAAGCUUUGAUGAUUUUGCCGUUCGUUUCGGUUGUCCGCGAGAAAAUGAACUACCUCCAAGAGCUCUUAACCCCAGCGGGACUUCGAGUUGAAGGCUUUUUCGGCGGUUAUCAUCCUCCCGGAGGCUUCGAGCAAAUCAACAUCGCCAUUUGCACGAUCGAAAAAGCAAAUUCCAUCGUAAAUCGCCUGCUGGAAACGAACAAAUUGAGCGAAAUUGGCGUAAUUGUCGUCGAUGAGGUGCACUUAAUUGGCGAUUCGAGUCGCGGAUACAUUUUGGAACUUUUAUUGGCAAAAGUCAUGUACAUGUGCGAAAAAUUCGCCAUAAAAAUCCAAAUUAUCACAAUGUCAGCUACUUUACCAAAUCUCCAGCUUUUACAAAAAUGGCUGCGCGCUGAAUUAUAUCACACGGAUUUUCGUCCCGUCGAGCUGCGAGAAAUGAUAAAAAUUGGUUCGACACUUUUUGAUGCGAAACUUCAAAUUUUGCGCGAAAUCCCGUCGAAUAAUCCGAUUUUCGCACGAGAUCAAGACAACGUCGCCCAAUUGUGUCUCGAGACGAUCUUGGAAGGAUGUUCCGUGCUCAUUUUUUGUCCCGGCAAGGAUUGGUGCGAAGAGUUGGCGACAAAUAUCGCGCGAAUUAUUCACGAAUUCAGGAAACUUCAAACGCCCGAAGCCAAAAAACUCGUCGAACAAAUCCAGGUUGAGCCGAUUAAAGAGUUGAAAAUGCAGUUAAUUAACUCGCCGGGCGGUUUGGAGCAAUCGUUGGAUACCGUACUGACGUAUGCCUGUGCCUAUCAUCACGCCGGAUUGACAGCGGAGGAACGAGAAAUUGUCGAAAAUGGGUUCAAAAUGGGCGUUUUGAAGAUAAUUGUGGCGACAAGUACCUUGAGUUCGGGAGUGAAUUUGCCGGCGAGACGAGUUGUGAUAAGAAGUCCGAUGUUUGGAGGCAAAAUUAUGGAUAGUUUGACUUAUAAGCAGAUGAUUGGAAGAGCAGGGAGGAAAGGAAAGGACACGUUAGGAGAAUCGAUUUUAAUUUGUACGGAAGCUCAGAAAAAAGCAGGAGAGUCGCUUAUUUCGACAAAAUUGCAACCGUUGACGUCUUGUUUGGAUGUUCAUGAUCACAUCCACUUAAAACGAGCAAUUCUCGAAACAAUCGCCUCAAAUGUCGUUCAAACACGCACCGAACUGGAAUCUUUCAUGAAAUGCACUCUCCUUUGCACGGAAAAGGGUUCAAAUUUCACUUAUUUCACCAACUCCGACACAAAAAACUCUUCAGACCCAAUCGCUUCUUCCAUUUCCUUCUUGCUGGAAUACGAAUUCGUUCGUUUGCAACACAACGAGGACCUGAACGAAGAAAUUUUCGUCGCAACAAAACUCGGAACUGCCUGUCUCUCCGCUUCCCUACCCCCAAACGAAGGUUUCAUGCUAUUUUCGGAGCUCCAAAAGUCCCGUCAAUGCUUCGUCCUUGAAUCGGAACUGCACGCAAUUUAUUUAGUGACUCCGUACAGCGUUUGUUACCAACUGCACGACGUCGAUUGGUUGUCAUUUGUCGACCUAUGGGAGAAAUUGCCGAAAGCAAUGCGAAGAAUUGGCGAAGUUGUGGGCGUAAAAAAUGCAUUUUUGAUGAAAGCGAUGCGAAGUAAGAGUAAUUUGGACCAAAAAUCGCUUCAAAUCCACAAAAGGUUCUACAUUGCGUUGGCUUUGCAAGAGUUGGUCAAUGAAGUGCCCUUAAAUCGAGUCGCGGCGAAGUACAAAUGCAGUAAGGGGAUGCUUCAAACACUUCAACAGAUGGCUUCGACCUUUGCCGGGAUCGUAACUUCCUUCUGCACGGCUUUAAAUUGGGAUUUAUUGGCUUUAAUCGUCGGGCAAUUCAAGGAUCGCUUAUUUUUCGGCAUCCAUCGUGACUUGGUCGACCUCAUGCAACUCCCGGAUUUGAAUGCGCAACGAGCUCGAGCACUUUUCAACGCCGGAAUCACGGAUUUGAGGGACUUGGCGACGUCAGAUACCUUCACAAUCGAGAAAAUCUUGCAUAAUUCGCUUUCUUUCGACACCGAGAAGCAAAAAGAGGGCGAAGCACAGUACGAAGCGGCAGAAAGAAAGAAUUUACGAAAGUUAUUCAUCACAGGAAAGUCCGGAUUGAGCAUUUCUGAGGCGGCAAAGACCUUAAUUGAGCAAGCCAGAAAUUUUUUGACCUUGGAAAUGGGCGUCAAUAACGUCGAUUGGUCCAAAAAAGAAGAAAAAAUGGAAGAAAAUGUCGAAAAAUCCUCAAAAAAACGUAAAAGUAGUGAAAUUCUCGACUCUGAAGCGAACACUCCGCAACCGAAGAAGCUUUUAAACAAAUCUCAUGGCAUGAAAUUACGAAGUUCGAUGUCGCCGCGUGAAAGUCCCCAAGCUUCAAGUACUUUUAAGACCCCAACGUCGCCUUUGAACAUCUCCCGGACCGGAAAAAGACUCUCAAACACCCAAAAUCUCAACAAAAGCAGUGAAGAAAUCGAAUGUUCGCAAGGAGUUUACUCAACAAGGUCGAGAAUUGGUCGUUCGCGGGUCGCCCAACGCACCCAAAGGACUCAAAUUCCUCAAAAAGCUCAAAUUCAGACCUCGCCGGUACUAAUUUCAUCUCCAAACGAAAGUCUGAUCACUUCGGACGAGUUCAUCAUCACCUUAGAUGACAGUUUGGGCGAUAAUCCGUCACUUUUUCAUCAAUCCUUGUUAAUGAAUGUCUCGGAAAGCAUCUCCACGGGCGAAAAUUUCGGCUUUAAAGAGCUUCAUAUUGUUGAUGUUUGUAAAAAUCGCAAGUUUUUCGAGGCUUUUGAGAAAGAAAUCAAAGAAAAAGUGUCGGAAAUGAGCGUUUCUGUGGGAAUAAGUUCGCAUGAAGCCCCUGUUAAGCUCACGAUCGGCGGAAAUUUACUCCAAAAUCAUCACAAAACAUUGACAGGAGAGGAAAAUUUUAAAUUUAAAGUGACUUCGGAGACUUUUCUCGAAGGAAUUGCCUUUUGCUUUAGCGAAAAUUACGUUUAUUAUCUCACGAUGCAGGAUAAAGACAACGAUCCGUUCAUCACGACGCAUGGAAAAGUGAAAUUAAUUAAAGAUUUGUUGAAAAGGAGUGAUGUGACGUUGACUUUUUAUGAUGCCAAGGAACAUUUGAAAGCUUUAAGUCAUGCUUUUGAAGGGAUUUUGACGGUAAAUGCGAAGAUUUUUGAUCCCAAAGUCGCGAAUUGGCUUUUGCAACCAGAUUCUGAUAAUAAUUUGGAGGAGAUGAUAUCGAAAUAUGCGAGAAAAACCGAAGGAGUGUGGAAAAUGUUACAAAAAGGAGGAAGUUUUAAUAGUGUGGCGCUGAAUUAUGGACGAGAAGAUGAUGCGAGGAUGAGGUCCUGUGUGGAGUCUUGUGUCGUUCAAAGUGUCAUUAAAGAACAAAUUGAGCAACUUCAGGAUACAGGGAGCGGAUAUUUGUUCAAAUCUUUCACAGAUAUGGAAAUGCCCAUCCAAACCCUCCUCUACAAAAUGGAAUUUUACGGCAUGGCAGUCGACAAAGAUCGUCUCGUAACCUUAAAAGACCUUUGUUUAUCGCUCCAGAAGGAAAUGUUGAAGGAAAUUUUCAAGUUAGUAGGCCACAAAUUCAACAUCGAAUCCACAACUGAAGUUGCCAAAGUCCUCAAACUCCAAAAGAAGCCCGGAAAAACUCGUGCCUCAACCUCCAAAGACACUUUAAAGAAGCUAAACUGCCCGAUUGCCGAUCUCAUCAUGCAAUAUCGCCAAUUAUCCGCCGCAUUAACAAAAUUUUUGUAUCCUUUCAUCAAAAACGGCAUCGAAUCUGGUCGAAUUCACAGCAAAAGUUGCUACACAAACACGGGACGUCUCUCGAUGUACGAACCAAGCUUGCAAAAUGUCUCGAAAAAUUUCGUCGUUUCACUCGAAAAUGGCGCCAAAGUUCACGAGAUCUCCUGUCGCAGCGCUUUUCGUGUUCCAGCGGGGCGUUUAAUUCUCAGCGCGGAUUUUUGUCAACUAGAACUUCGAAUUUUGACGCAUUUAUCACAAGAUCCGAGCUUAAUUCGCAUCAUGAACAGCGACGAAGACGUUUUUCGCUCAAUUGCGGCGGCGUGGUACAAAACUUCCGUCGCCGACGUGACAGUUAAGCAACGAAAUGACGCCAAACAAAUUUGUUACGGGAUAAUUUACGGCAUGGGACUUCGUGGAUUCGCCGAAGCGCUUGAAACGACGGAGGAAGAAGCCUUUGCGUUGAUCGAACAAUUCCAUUUGACGUAUCCCGGGAUCAGAAAUUACACGGAAAUCAUCGUAAAUAAAGCGCGACGUAAGGGAUUUGUUGAAACUUUGAUCGGGAGACGUCGAUAUUUGCCAAAAAUUAAAGAUGGAAAUGCGAAAGAGCAACAUCAGUCGGAGAGACAAGCAGUUAAUACGACAAUUCAGGGCUCAGCUGCGGAUAUUGCGAAGCAUGCUUUGAUCCGGAUGGAGAAAAAUCUACAAAAAUAUGAAAAAGAACUCGGAAUUGGACCAAAAAAUGAUGUAAAUUUGAUUUUGCACGUGCAUGACGAGCUCGUUUACGAAGUUCCUGCCGAUAAAAUCACAAAAAUUGCAAAAGUAUUGAGACAUAGUAUGGAAAAUUGUAUAAAAAUGUCGAUUCCUUUGAGAGUCAAGAUGAAAAUGGGACGCAGUUGGGGAGAAAUGACUGAAAUUUAAACUGUGAUCAACGAAAUUUGUUAUUUUUACGAAAUA